AUGUCCACCAACCAGUUCGACGUGGGUCUAAUUCAACUACCUCUCAAGGGCAAGUGCGAGGAGGACCUUACAGCCGCGACACAAGAGCUUUCUUCGCUCAAACAGCAAACAAGGCAUAUCUUCGAUAUCGAGAAGGAGAACAAGAAGACUACAUGCACGAAAAAGAUUAACGAACUCACGGCUAAGAUUGCUCAGUUGGACGAGCAGCUGGCGAGCCUAAACGAGCAGAUUCAGCGGCACAAAGAAGAACAUAAACCUCGUCCUCCGCUGUCGCAGAGCGAGCUUGCGGAAAGGAAAGCACGAAAUGAAGCGCAUAUGCGCGCUAGGUUGUCCAGGAUCCACUAA